GGAGGAUUAUUUCAACAAUGGUCAACAGCGUCUCUUGUUUCUCAAUGGCUCUGCCAUCAAUUGCUUCAUCUAAAUGAUUCUCCAAAGGGAAAGCAGACAGGCUUCGGAAGAACUUGAGUUUGCUCUGUGACACCGUCAAAGUGAAAAGGCCACUAAGGAAGUUGCGUGGCUCUCUGCGUGCAAACUGACAACAAGGAAGAGUGAGUGCACUGUGACGCUGCUCACAGCUUUUUGCUUCUUGACUCAACUCAUUUCAGAAGCUUUGGAACCUUAUUCUUGGUAUUUCAGGGUUUGUGUUUUAGAAGAAAUGGGGAAGUGAGAAGUUAAGCGACAUAGCCCCCUCUUCCCUACGCACCGUGCCGGUCCUCUUUUCCUCUCCUUCCCCCCUCCCUCUCUCUACAUAUCCCCCCUGUCUGGUCUUAGCGCAAAGCUGUGGGGAUGUGUGCAGAUGGAGGCAGAUGGUACAUUAUAGUUAGUGUACUAGGGACUGAGGGUGAAGGAAGGAGUUCUGUGUCUGUCUGGAGUCGACUGGGCUGAGAGAGGAGAGGGCUACCUGGUCAUGGGAUGCUGUAGUGUGACUCAGAGAGGAACACAUUCUGGGAUUGACGAGGUGGGCCCUGACGAGAUCGAGCUCCUGGAGAUUGACAACUCAGGGUGAGUCUUAUUUUGUUGAUAUUGUGAUGUAUAACAGAAGACCAUGAACCCUAUCAAUCCCUCAUGGGAGUGGUCUGUUUGAGUUUGAUAGACUGCCAUUCUGCUUUUUACAACCUCACAAUCACAUUUUAAUUUAAUUCGGAAACAUGCAGGGCAGGUAGCCUUGCGGUUAAGAGCGUUGGGCCAGUAACUGGAAGGUCGCUGGUUCGAAUCCCUGAGCCGACUAGGUGAAAAACCUGUCCAUGUGCCCUUGAGCAAGGCACUUAACCCUAAUUGCUCCUGUAGGUCGCUCUGGAUAAGAGCGUCUGCUAAAUGACGUAAAUGUAAUGACUGUGGAGGUUUUAAAUAUGUUGAUGACACAUGACGGCAUCUAAGACUAUCAAGCAUGGUCACAACUGUAUGGACACGCUUCACAAUAUCAACUUCUCUGAAUCUAGAUUAAACAAACAGUAAAAUACUGAGCCUCUUGGCUUUCUAGGAAAGUUUGAAGCAAUACUAUUAAAUAGUACCUAUUGUUGGGUUUUGGCUUAUUAAAGGUCAUAAGAACGAGGUCUGUUUGGUUGACGAGGUAUUGAGAGGAAGUGGUGUCGUUUGCCUUGGGGUGACGGGUAAAAACAGUGCACACAUUGACAAGUGUGCUAGCAGUUUCAACCACCUCAGAACUUCAGUUCCUUAAGAAAGAAACAAUGACAUUUGAGGGCAUAUUUUAUUGAACAAUGAAACAUAAUAUAUCUGUGUCAUUUUCAUUUACACACAAAAGCACACACAGAGGCGAAACACUAGUUUGGACUCUGUUUAACAGACAUGAACAUACUGAUGCGGCACUAAUGUGAUUAGGACAUGAGCGGCCGGUGAUAUUGUCUCGCUAAUUAGCAGACAAUGCUACCGCUCGUCUCUCCCUCCUGUCCAGUCUGGUCUAACACUGGCCAGGCCUCUAAAUCCCCUCAUGUGGGUAGUGGGGGAAACAAGAAUCUAAUCACAAUAGCAGCUCACAGACUUCACAUGCCCAAACUGUGAGAAGACGAGGGAUCAGCCACCAGCAACACAUACUGUGCACACGCGUGAGGAUGCUUGUGCGAGGAUGCUUGUUCGCGCACACACAUGCACAGACUUAUGAAUGUAUGCACACACACAUAGAGACAGACAUGCAUGAAUAGGUUCCCACACACUGCAUUCAUACAGUUCAUGCAUGUCGGCGCACACACGCAUGCAUGCAAGCACAAACACAAAGGGACACAUGCACAAACAGAGACGGACACUCAAGCACAAACACAGAUGUGACAGAAAUGUUGCCACACAUAGGGAAUGGUUUAGGGGUGUGUAGCUACUGUAUUACUACCAGAUAAAUGGGCCAAUGAGGGCAACAGGUCUUUAUGUGAGGGGGUCAGAUGGUGGGUGUCUGCUCCUCAUGUGCACCCCACUUUAAUCUGCUUAUGUCUGGACACUGUUGGGGUGGAGGGGGGUCAGGCAAGAUGGCUGGCUCAUAAAUGAGGUGGGCAAAUUGGUCUACAGUUUUGUGAGAUGUUACAGUAGUGUGAGAUAAAUGUGAGAUGUUGACAUCAGAAGGUAUUGUGGUUAAUGUGAUAUGGGGUUGACUGCUGAUAUGGUUAAUGUUUCAGGAUAUGGAAUCUAGGAGAGAGCAGGCUUCAGCGCUCUUUGAGGAAUGGAAAAGACAGUCCACCCUCUCGCUACCCUUCAGUGAGACACCUCAACCAGGAGGUCAGUGGAGGAGGAAAGUGUGUGUGUGUCUGUGUGUAUGUGUGUGUGUGUGAGAGAGAUAGAGAGAGCGAGAGAGAGUGGCCAUCUGUAUGAAAGUGACACUAAGAUAUAGAAAUAGAAAAAGUUCUGCAAUGCACUCAUCACACAGGAAACAACAGCGGAUCGCACCUUUCGAGUGCACAUAUUGGCACUUGCAAGUGUGAAUGUAUUUGUGCCAAACAUCAACAUACUAUUUUAUGUCAAAGUUGUUAUAUCACAUUAAUGAUACAGGGAUACUCAUGUAUACUAAUGUAAACUCCUCACUACAUCUACAUUUACAUGAGACAGGUGAAGUAUUCUAUUCUAUUCCCCUAGGUUGUGCUAUGGGGCAGGAGCAGAGAGGAGCUACACCACAGAAUCUACAACCAGCCCAUCCGUGACUGGGAGGGCCAGAGUGCACACAUGUAUGGAGAGAUAGUGCACUCCUCCCUGGUGUUUCUCCACAACAGCUACACACAGGUAACAUCUCACUACAACAAGCUCAGAUAUACUGUAGACGUCAAUCAUCACUCACUGUCUAUGUUCCGGCUCUAGUACUUCUAUAUUGAUGUUCUGUUCAUGUGUUUGUUUAUGUUCCUAUAGGAGACACGUGAACACUAUCUGGUGCUGUUCUCCUUCCACUUGUUGAUCCUAUCUCUGGACCACUCUCUCCAUGAAUUUAUCUACGAGGUUGGUUCCUUUACGAAUGGGGAAAUACUGUAACGACACUGUGCAGAUGCAUGCAUGUUGAACAUUUAACUUGAAUGUAAAAUGCGUUCACCUAAGGCCGGCUAGUCAAUCAAUCAAUCAAUCAAUUUUAUUUUAUAUAGCCCUUCUUACAUCAGCUAAUAUCUCGAAGUGCUGUACAGAAACCCAGCCUAAAACCCCAAACAGCUAGUAAUGCAGGUGUAGAAGCACGGUGGCUAGGAAAAACUCCCUAGAAAGGCAAAACCUAGGAAGAAACCUAGAGAGGAACCAGGCUAUGAGGGGUGGCCAGUCCUCUUCUGGCUGUGCCGGGUGGAGAUUAUAACAGAACCAUGCCAAGAUGUUCAAAAAUGUUCAUAAGUGACAAGCAUGGUCAAAUAAUAAUCAGGAAUAAAUCUCAGUUGGCUUUUCAUAGCCGAUCAUUAGAGUUUAAAACAGCAGGUCUGGGACAGGUAGGGGUUCCAUAACCGCAGGCAGAACAGUUUAAACUGGAAUAGCAGCAAGGCCAGGCGGACUGGGGAUAGCAAGGAGUCACCACGGCCGGUAGUCCCGACGUAUGGUCCUAGGGCUCAGGUCUCUCAGUUGGCUUUUCAUAGCCGAUCAUUUAGAGUUGAAAACAGCAGGUCUGGGACAGGUAGGGGUUUCGUAGCCGCAGGCAGAACAGUUGAAACUGGAAUAGCAGCAAGGCCAGGCGGACUGGGGGCAGCAGGGUGUCAUCAUGCCCGGUAGUCCUGACGUAUGGUCCUAGGGCUCAGGUUCUCAGAGAGAAAGAGAGAACGAGAGAAUUAGAGAGAGCAUACUUAAAUUCACACAGGACACUGGAUAAGACAGGAGAAGUACUCCAGGUAUAACCAACUAACCCCAGCCCCCCGACACAUAAACUACUGCAGCAUAAAUACUGGAGGCUGAGACAGGAGCGGUCCGGAGACACUGUGGCCCCAUCCGAAGAAACCCCCGGACAGGGCCAAACAGGAAGGAUAUAACCCCACCCACUCCGCCAAAGCACAGCCCCCGCACCACUAGAGGGAUAUCCCCAACCACCAACUUACAAUCCUGAGACAAGGCCGAGUAUAGCCCACAGAGGUCUCCACCACAGCACAAACCAAGGGGGGGGGGGGGGCGCCAACCCAGACAGGAAGAUCACGUCAGUAACUCAACCCACUCAAGUGACGCACCCCUCCCAGGGACGGCAUGAAAGAGCACCAGCAGGCCAGUGACUCAGCCCCUGCAACAGGGUUAGAGGCAGAGAACCCCAGUGGAGAGGGGAACCGGCCUGGCAGAGACAGCAAGGGCUGUUCGUUGCUCCAGCCUUUCCGUUCACCUUCACACUCCUGGGCCAGACUACACUCAAUCAUAUGACCUACUGAAGAGAUAAGUCUUCAGUAAAGACUUAAAGGUUGAGACCGAGUCUGCGUCUCUCACAUGGGUAGGCAGACUGUUCCAUAAAAAUGGAGAUCUAUAGGAGAAAGCCCUGCCUCCCGCUGUUUGCUUAGAAAUUCUAGGGAAAUUCUAGGGACAAUUAGGAGUCAGUGUGUUGCUUCUUCUUUCUCAGGGCAUGCUGCCUCUCUCUGGACUGUCUUUCCAAGCCACCUCACUGGACUCCAACAAACAAACCAUGUUCCAGAUCAGUGGUGAGUCCUAUUAUGAUUAUGCAGUGAGUUCAUUAAAGCAUUAAUAGACAAGGGUGCAUGAUUUAUUGUGGUUUAUCACAGCGGUGCAACGGUCAUAGGUAUGACACAAAGCCAACAGUAAAUUGUUUAAUUAUUUAUUGAACAUGGCUACCAUCUCUCUCCCCCUUCUAGGUCCAAUGGUGGACUCCAAAGUAUUCACCUGUGCCAGUGCAGCAGAGAUGAACAAAUGGAUGCACCACAUGGAGGAGAGGAGAUACAAAUCCAUGAGCCAACCGCUAAGCCCCUCCCACUGUGUACUGUCUUACCUGGUAAGGUAUUCAAUCAACACCCCCCCCCCCGUCCCCCCAUAAGAACCACCCCCUUUUACAGUAAAUUACAGGUCCUAAACAGAUGUCAUUGCAAAAUGUUAAACUGUCUGAACAAUUGUGAGGUUCACUUUGCUUGAUCACAACUUCAACAUCUAAUAGCACAUAUAAAUAGCACAUAUGACAUACAGUGGGGGGAAAAAGUAUUUAGUCAGCCACCAAUUGUGCAAGUUCUCCCACUUAAAAAGAUGAGAGGCCUGUAAUUUUCAUCAUAGGUACACGUCAACUAUGACAGACAAAAUGAGAAAAAUAAAUCCAGAAAAUCACAUUGUAGGAUUUUUAAUGAAUUUAUUUGCAAAUUAUGGUGGAAAAUAAGUAUUUGGUCACCUACAAACGAGCAAGAUUUCUGGCUCUCACAGACCUGUAACUUCUUCUUUAAGAGGCUUGUCACGCUCUGGCUCCGGGACUUUGUAUGUUGAGCCAGGGUGUGUUCGUUUAGUGGGGUUCUGUUUGGUUGGGUUGUUCUAUGUGGUUGUAUUUCUUUGUUUGAAUGAGUGACUCCCAAUCAGAGGUAACGAGUGUCAGCUGUUGGCUCGUUGUCUCUGAUUGGGAGCCAUAUUUAUACUGUCUGUUUUCACCAGGGGGUUGUGGGUUUUUGUUCCUUGUCAGUCAUUGUCUGAGGACGUUACGUAUCGUUUAUUGUUUUGUAUUCGUGUGUGCACUUUACUAUUAAAGUAUGUUCGCUCAACACGCUGCGCCUUGGUCCUCUCUAACCAACGAUCGUGACAGAAAAACCCACCAUACAAAGACCAAGCAGCGUGUCCAGGAACACACGCAGGAGGUGACGCUGGUGGAUGUCCUCCUCGGUUGGGGGCAGAUUACCGAGGAGGAGGCCAUCCGGUACCGGAAGGCGAUGAAGGGGGAGACCCAGGCAGGAGUGGAGAAGCGGCGUCAACCGGGCCGUGGUCGGAAAUGCGAGAGGCACCCCCAAGAAUUUUUUAGGGGGGGGCACACGGCAUGGGCGACUGGGCAGCAGGAGGCUGCCACAGGGCGGAUUGGGAGAUUAAGAGAGGAGGCCACCGGCUUUUGGGGGCCAGAAGGCAGGUUGGCGGAGCCUGGAUGGAGAGCAGAGCCAACUCCCCGUACUCAGGCAUGGCAGCAUGAGACUGGGCAGGUUCCGCGGUAUGCGGAGAUGCGCACUGUGCCGCGAGUGGUCCGGCAUAGUCCGGUACGUCCUGUGCGAGCACCCCGCACGUGUUGUGCGAAGGCGGGCAUGCAGCCAGGACGGAGUGUGCCGGCUCAGCGCUCGCGGCCUCCAGUGCCUCUCCUCGGUCCCGGAUAUCCUGCGCCGGUGUCACGUGCUGUUAUGCCAGUACGGGUACACAGCCCUGUACAUCCUGUGCUGAUGCCUCACACAGAGUGUGUGAAGGUAGGCAUUCAGCCAGGACGGGUUGUGGCAGCUCUUCACUCCAGGUCUCCUAUCCGUCUCCAUAGCCCAGUCCAGCCUGUUCCUGCUCCACGCACGAAGCCUACGGUGUGCGUUGCCAGCCCUGUUCGGCCUGUCCCUGCUCCACGCACCAAGCCUACGGGGUGCGUCGUCAGCCCGGCCCGGCCUGUCCCUGCUCCACGCACCAAACCUACGGUGUGCGUCGCCAGCCCUGCCCGGCCUGUUCCUGCUCCACGCACCAAACCUACGGUGUGCGUCGCCAGCCCAGCCCGGCCUGUUCCUGCUCCACGCACGAAGCCUACGGUGUGCGUCGCCAGCCCAGCCCGGCCUGUUCCUGCUCCACGCACCAAGCCUACGGGGUGCGUCGUCAGCCCGGCCCGGCCUGUCCCUGCUCCACGCACCAAACCUACGGUGUGCGUCGCCAGCCCUGUCCGACCUGUUCCUGCUCCACGCACUAAGCCUACGGUGUGCGUCGCCAGCCCAGCCCGGCCUGUUCCUGCUCCACGCACCAAGCCUACGGGGUGCGUCGUCGGCCUGGUCCAGCUCGUUCCUGCUACUCGCACCAAGCCAAGGGUGCGAGUCGUCAGCCUGAUCCAGCCCAUUCCUGCUACUCGCACCAAGCCAAGGAUGCGAGUCGUCAGCCUGGUGAGGUCCGUUCCGGCUCCACGCACCAAGCCAAGGGUGCGUAUCGUCAGCCAGGUCCGGUCCGUUCCUGCCUCACGCGCCAAGCCAGGGGUGCGCGUCGUCAGUCCGGUGCCUGAUCAGGUCAGCUACUCCACUACGGAGUUUGAGCAAUCCGCUCCGUCUAUGUCCGGUCCAGAUCCAGCCAGCGGGGUCAGACCGGACCGGGGGCGCUACGGGGGGAUUGUGGAAGGGUGGUGGUCAAGCCCGGAGCCGGAGCCGCCUCCGAGGAGAAAUGCCCACCCAGCCCUCCCCUGUUUGGGGUUUUGAGGCGCGGUCGCAGUCCGCGCCUUUAGGGGGGGGUACUGUCACGCUCUGGCUCCGGGACUUUGUAUGUUGAGCCAGGGUGUGUUCGUUUAGUGGGGUUCUGUUUGGUUGGGUUGUUCUAUGUGGUUGUAUUUCUUUGUUUGAAUGAGUGACUCCCAAUCAGAGGUAACGAGUGUCAGCUGUUGGCUCGUUGUCUCUGAUUGGGAGCCAUAUUUAUACUGUCUGUUUUCACCUUGGGGUUGUGGGUUUUUGUUCCGUGUCGGUAUGUUUUACCGUGGACUUCACGAGUCGUGUUUUGUUUUGGUUUUCGUGCUUUAAUUAAAUAAAGUCAUGUUUAUUUCACACGCUGCGCCUUGGUCUACUUCGCUACUAGACGAUCGUGACAAGGCUCCUCUGUCCUCCACUCGUUACCUGUAUUAAUGGCACCUGUUUGAACUUGUUAUCAGUAUAAAAGACACCUGUCCACAACCUCAAACAGUCACACUCCAAACUCCACUAUGGCCAAGACCAAAGAGCUGUCAAAGGACACCAGAAACAAAAUUGUAGACCUGCACCAGGCUGGGAAGACUGAAUCUGCAAUAGGUAAGCAGCUUGGUUUGAAGAAAUCAACUGUGGGAGCAAUUAUUAGGAAAUGGAAGACAUACAAGACCACUGAUAAUCUCCCUCGAUCUGGGGCUCCACGCAAGAUCUCACCCCGUGGGGUCAAAAUUAUCACAAGAACGGUGAGCAAAAAUCCCAGAGCCACACGGGGGGACCUAGUGAAUGACCUGCAGAGAGCUGGGACCAAAGUAACAAAGCCUACCAUCAGUAACACACUACGCCGCCAGGGACUCAAAUCCUGCAGUGCCAGACGUGUCCCCCUGCUUAAGCCAGUACAUGUCCAGGCCCGUCUGAAGUUUGCUAGAGUGCAUUUGGAUGAUCCAGAAGAGGAUUGGGAGAAUGUCAUAUGGUCAGAUGAAACCAAAAUAGAACUUUUUGGUAAAAACUCAACUCGUCGUGUUUGGAGGACAAAGAAUGCUGAGUUGCAUCCAAAGAACACCAUACCUACUGUGAAGCAUGGGGGUGGAAACAUCAUGCUUUGGGGCUGUUUUUCUGCAAAGGGACCAGGACGACUGAUCUGUGUAAAGGAAAGAAUGAAUGGGGCCAUGUAUCGUGAGAUUUUGAGUGAAAACCUCCUUCCAUCAGCAAGGGCAUUGAAGAUGAAACGUGGCUGGGUCUUUCAGCAUGACAAUGAUCCCAAACACACCGCCCGGGCAACGAAGGAGUGGCUUCGUAAGAAGCAUUUCAAGGUCCUGGAGUGGCCUAGCCAGUCUCCAGAUCUCAAGCCCAUAGAAAAUCUUUGGAGGGAGUUGAAAGUCUGUGUUGCCCAGCGACAGCCCCAAAACAUCACUGCUCUAGAGGAGAUCUGCAUGGAGGAAUACCAGCAACAGUGUGUGAAAACCUUGUGAAGACUUACAGAAAACGUUUGACCUGUGUCAUUGCCAACAAAGGGUAUAUAACAAAGUAUUGAGAAACUUUUGUUAUUGACCAAAUACUUAUUUUCCACCAUAAUUUGCAAAUAAAUUCAUUAAAAAUCCUACAAUGUGAUUUUCUGGAGAAAAAAAACCUCAUUUUGUCUGUCAUAGUUGACGUGUACCUAUGAUGAAAAUGACAGGCCUCUCUCAUCUUUUUAAGUGGGAGAACUUGCACAAUUGGUGCUGACUAAAUACUUUUUUCCCCCACUGUAUAUUACACUAAUGAGCUAAAUGCAUCAUCAUGAAAGGACAUUUGUUACAAAUAAUUAUCAUUGGCAAAACUCUCCAAAUAUGAAGCUACGUUUCUGUUGUCACUUACUGUAGGUACCCUGCGAUGAGAGCUGGAAGAAAGAGGAACUGAAAACGUAUUUACUGCAAGCCCCAAUACAGCAGUGGGAAGGGGCCCCCAUCCAGCACAUGGGCCAGCCAGUAUACAUAUCCAUGGUCCACAUCAUCAACACACAGAGACAGGUAACACAACCCACACUGUAACUUGUGUACUCACCAGUACUCUAAAGUCAAUUUUAAGGGGUCUUGAUAGCUGUCAUGUUAGCCAUGCUAACUGAUUCAAAUAGGCAUGUUGUACUGGAAUGAAAAAGGCAAAACUAUGUGGAAAUGGUGGCAGAAUAACCUCCAAAAAAUCUGAAAUCCCUUCUAUCUCCAGCAUAAAGCAAAAAAGCUCAACAGCUGCUCAAGACCUCAAUAGUAUUUUAUGCAAGUGGUAAGCUAGGUAGGUGAAUUUAGCUAUCCACAAUGUCCAGAGAUAGAACUCACCAAAAAUCACAAAUCGAUCAAAAAUAGCACCACUCUGCUGCCACCAUUGUAACUUUAGGGGCCGCAUACAGUUGGAUGGAUGACUUCCUUUAAGCACAAAGAGUGGAUGGAGAUGGAUUACUAUUUAGACAGACCCAAUUGAAUACCAUUAGCCAAAACUCAGGAAUUGUCUGUCACUUCCUGUUUCAAUAAAGCUAUUACAACACAAUUAAUUCAUUGGUCAAUCAAAUAACAGAUCAUUAAUUCCCAGGUAAAUAAUGAAUGACAUAUUUCCAGAAUUAGGCAAACACAAAGGUUUGUUCUAAAACAGAUUCAACACAUGGUAUGCAUGCCAUUCAAAUGAAACAAAUACUCUGAAAAUAAUCCUACACUAGUCCAGUACCUCAUCACAAGUAUCUGCUACAUAAAGACAGAAAAUAUAAAUAAUGCUAAUGCUAAUAAAUAUGCUAUUGAUAACAAUAAUGAUCAUAGGGCUAAUAAUAAUACUUGAUUAUGCUAAUAUUAUUAUGCUAAUGAUAAUUAUCAUAGUGGACUUGAGAUAAAAGAAAGAGUGUGACAAUGUUGAUCGAUUUUUGAAGGGUCUCCAUCAGCAACUUCUGGUACUCUUCCCUCAAGAUGUCCUCCUGCUCUCUGUGGAUAACAAGAGCCUCAGUGUCAUAUAUGAGGUACAGUCAAAUUAUGUUCUCUAGGAACAAUUUCACUGUAACUCCUACAGUAUGAACCUGGUGACCUUACCAAGUUUGCCAAUUGUAGCUAUGAAGUAGAUGUUGGUGUGAUAUACUAUGAUGUACAGUUUAGGAGAUAUUGUAAAUUAUAGAGUUGAUCCAAUACUAACCUUUCUCAAUUCAAGAUAAAUGGCACUUCAACCUGUAUUUCAUAACACUUUAGGGUAGAUUGCCUCGGAAAAGCAUCACAGCCGUGGAGAGGUCUGCAUUACCUGGGAGGCUGGAGUUGGAGUUAACAGGUUAUAUACAAAACACUACAUGUCAUUCUGCUCUAACAUGUUUGCAUAAUGAGGGAAAUUGACUCUAAAUUGACCCUCCAAACUGUAAAGAGAUAUGUAUCAAUUCAACUGUAUCAAGUGUUGCUGGAUGCAUUGGUGAAGAGCACUGUACUUCUAUUGUAUGUUGUGUGGCUCAGGUGAACUGAUGGAGCCGCUGCAGGUAUCCUGCACCUGUCCUGAAGACUAUCAGAACUGGAUCUUCCAGCUACAACAGGUAAAGUACCAUUAC